AUGGGCAGUUUUCUGAGGAACGUGGGAGAUGAGACUGGAAUAUUGGCAUUGAAGUUGAUGUUUAAUCGGAGUUUACAUAAUUUGGAAAGGAUAUUCUGGUUCUUAACAUUUGUUGUCGCCAUCUAUGGAGCCCUUUUUAUAACGAAAUUUCAAAUUUAUCGUUACAUUAAUUCGCCAACAGUGAUUUCAGUUGAUCGUAAUUAUCGCGAUUGGGUAGGUUUUAUGCCGGCCAUAACAUUGUGCUAUUACGAUCACAUCGAUUCUUACAAGGCCAACGAAUACAUACUGGACAAUUGGAAUGUCUCCAUAGUUGACGAGGACUAUUUUUAUUUCAUGGACUUUUUAUAUGCUGUGGUUAAUGCCACUGCUACCAAUUAUGCUGAUUUGGCAAAAUUUGCUGAGGAUGAAAGAUUCGAUGAUGUGGAUUUAUUUGAUAUUAUUCAGGCUAUAGAUAAACCAUUUGAACAGAUUAUAAACACGUUUGAGGGUAAUUUUGAAGUUUCGGUGACUACGGCAAUGACGGAAAGGGGUUCGUGUUAUAUUAUGAAUUCCGCUAUAGGUGAAGUUUUGGGAGCAAAUUUUCAAGCCUUUGAAGAUUUGAAGAAACCUUUAAAAUGCAAAUUUGGCAAACAACAGUGUUUUAUUAAAAUUGAUCUGCUGGAAAGUACGGGAGUGAUAGAUGUUCAUUCACCUUUCGAAAUAUCUUCUACGGAUGGCAGUGUUAUAGCUUUACAGAAAUCUGAUGAAGUUAUUGCUUCUUAUAAGGUUUUGGAAACAAUAGAAUCCCCCAAUUUACGCGAUCUUAGUUUUGAGCAGAGAAAGUGUGUUUUCAAUGACGAGGAAACGUCCGACCUAAAGAUUUAUAGCAAAACUUUAUGUUUGGCAAAAUGUCGAGCCAUGAUGGCGGUGGAAAUGUGCGAUUGUGUGCCCUUCUUUUAUACAUUUGUGGAUGGUCGGUCUUGUAAUCCCUCUGGUUUUGAAUGCCUGCUCGACUUCAAGUGGCCCGUUUGGGCAUUACAUAUUUGUAAGUGCCCCAAUACUUGCAUUGAAAUGGAAUAUACUUUGCAAACUGUCAAGAAGAGUUCUUGGGGUGUUAGUAACAUGGACGAUGCUGGAAAAUCGGAUGUUGUUACCUCAAGUUUUCGUUGGGACUUAAUAUCGCCUAAAGUACGUUUCCGACGUGACGUGGUGUUUAGUUUUGAAGAUUUAUUGGUAUCCUUUGGCGGUACUCUGGCUCUAUUUCUCGGCUUCAGUAUUCUAUCUCUUAUCCAUAUGAUUUAUGCUUUAACCAAACGUAUUCUAGAAGACAUUUAUGAUUUAAUACGUUUAAUUUUUAUGGGUUGCCGGAAUUUUAGGCAACGCUAUGUGAACCUCAGGAAGGCCAAAAAAGCAGCCAUCAUUGUCAGAGAGAUCAACAUGGCUCCGGAGGUUUCAUUUUUAAAGAGAAUCCAACAACGUCGAGACAAAUUUUUGAAAAUGCGUUUAAAAUCCUCAGAAGAUGUGGCUGAUGUGGAGAAUAAUGCUGCUCCGAGUAGUUUAUUGGAGGAGACCGAUAAUAGUUCGGUAUUUGAAUUUGUUAAUUGA